GGGUGCGGCGACAUCGAGGGGAUGCUACAUCGACGGUGCAGCACGGUCAGACGACAUCGAAGAUCGAGGUCACGACUUGUUGGAUCCUGGUCGGGGAGCGAUGACGGGGGGUGCAGGGAGCAGCGGUGCGGGGGGGUCUGGGGGUGCCCAAUUCGACCCGCUGUCCGAGAAGGAGAUGGCGAAGUUGAGGCGAGGGAACAUUGUUUGGAACUACAUCACCGCGGGCCAGUACGUCGGGGACCAGUCGAAGGUGUACGGGGACCGAAAGUUGCGUUGCAACUUAUGCGGCCACCUGUUUCAGGGGGGGUCAUUGAAGGCCGCGCGUCAUUUUACGCAGUCGAAGUUCUACAAGGCUGGGGGGAUGAGAGUUCUCGUGGAACUCUGGAAUGGCACGGACUACAGAUUUGUGCCGUCCACUGCUCAGCGGGUGCAGAGGUGGAUGGCAGACGAGGGCAUACGGGACACGAGAGCGCCCGCGGGUGGCCAGAGACAGCGGAUGGACAACGCGGAGAGGGACGACAUUCAGGACGCCCUCGAUGAGGAGGAGGGCCGCGAGGGUGGGGCCAGGGAGGGGGCGGUUGCAGACGAGGCAGACGAGGCAGUCGGAGAGCCUAACCUGCCAGGGGAGGAGGUGGUGAUGACAUCGAGAGGCGUCGGUGGAGCGGGUCCUGCUACUAGGGCGCCGCGAGGUGAGGUGGAGCGCGCGAGGAGGGAGAAGAGGACAGUGGGGCAGGCUGGCGUCGAGGUGCCAGACACGGGCCGGGAGAAGAGGGCUUGGCAGACCACGAUUGUCGAGAUGUACGCCAGGGAGAAGUUGGCCGAGUUCCAUAACGCGUGGCUUCAGUGGAUCUACGUGAAGAAGUUGCCAUUCAACGCCUUCCGUGGUCCGGAGUUCCAGAGGGUGCGGCAGGCAGCAGAGAGAGUGCCUCGCUCUAUCCAGUUCCGGUUUCCCUCCUUCAGGGUUACAGCAGGGGCCGGUAUCCCUUCGCAGAGGGCGAAGGUGGCGACGAUGGUGAGCGAGGUGCGCGCCACUUUCCGGCACUGUGGUGCCACUAUCCUUCUCGACGGGAGGAAGUCGCGCAGCGGCAAGCCGCUCGUGAACUUCCUGGCCGGGGGCGCCAAUGGCGCCCUGCUGUACGCCACCGUCGCACGUGACGGGUCGGUCCGAGACACGACGGACGUCGUGUACCGUAGGUGGCGGGCCAUCAUCUUAUCCUUUCCUGCAAAGGACGUGAUCGGCUUCUGCACAGAUUCCGCUAGUAACUAUACGGCGGCAGCGCGCAGGUUCGCCACAGACCCCGAGCCUGACAUCAGGAGGAUCACUUGGCUCCCCUGCUCCACCCAUGUCUGCAACUUGAUGUUGUCAGAUAUCGGGACGCGAGUGGUGUGGGUCAAGGAGACCGUCAUCCGCGCUCGAGCGCUUGUGCGAUUUAUUAAAUCGCACGGCGCUACUCACGCCCUGUUUAGGAAGUUGAUGAGGAGGGUUGAUGUGCCCACGGACAUGAUCGAGCCGUGCGUGCGUGAGGUUGCCAUCCGCAACCUCCACAUGCUAGAGCCUGCACAUGUCGUGGCCCACCUCCUCAACCCUCGCCGACGGUCCCUCACGUAUUACCAUUCACUGCAGACGACCGCCGACGACCGCCUUGUGGUCGAGGGGUGCGACAGAUUUCUCCUGGUGCAGACCGACGGCGAUCCGGUCGGGUUAUUGUACAGGAACGUGAGGGACCAGAUGAGGGCGUUCCACUCGAGGCGAGGGGAUUGGGGAGAUCGUGAGCCCUCCGAUGCCAAGGCGGCAGAUUGCAGGGGGGACAGCGAGACCGAGCGAUGUGCAGCAUGGUGGUUCGAGCAUGGACGUGCCCACCCGGAGUUGCGCACCAUCACCAUCCGUGUCAUGCACUUAUGGACGUCUGCCUCUCCAGCGGAGAGGAACUGGGCAGAGCACGAGCGCGUCAGCACGGCGAGGCGCUGCAAGCUUGGGUUCGCCAAGCUUGCACAGCUGGUUGAGAUUGCCACCAAUCUCAAACUGGCCUCGUGCGCACGGCAGGGUGGUGGCUACGUGUUGCCAUGGGUUAACGGGAGCGGUCGGGGGGGGACGGCGGCAAAGGAGGAGGAUGAGGAGGGAGAUGUGGAGCCCGAGGUGUGGGGAGCGCGACCAGAUGGCAGUGUUCCCGAGCAGGAGAUCCAGCGGCAGAUUGUCGCUUUCCGUGACAGCCGACCGUCCAGAGCCCGUUCGGUUCGGGACGUGUUCGGCAGCAGAGUGACGAAGCUGCGACCGUGGCUGGAGGGUGGGGAUGAUGUGGACGCUGCUGCGGCAGACGACGACAUCGACGACGACUGGACUGACGAUGAUGACACGCCGCUGAGUCGCGACCCAAUGGCUGAGCGAGUGUACUUCACUUACGGUGGGGGUCGUGACGGCACAAAUUCAUUCAUAUCAGUUAUCACUAGUGCUGUGCCGUCGACCGCGCCGGCGAGUGGCAGCAGCAGAGCCAGCGGUGGUCAUGGAGGACGUUCGCAUGCGGAGGACUUCGAGGACAUAGGGCUUGGGGGGAGCUUGGCAGAUUUGAGUAUCGAGGAACGUCGACGUGCUUCACCGCAGAAUGUGCGCACAGAUGCGGACGUUGAGCGGGGCCCUGUUGAGACUGAGGAGGAGAGGGAUGCCCGUUUGGACCGAGAGGAGGAGGAGCGGCUGAGGGACUUGGAGACAGGAGGGGAGGGGAGCUGUGACCUCGACGACUCGGGUGUCCCUGAGGAGGCGGUUCAGGGGGAGUUCGAUUAUGAGGGGCAGGAUGCCGCCGCGGGUGUCCUUGAGGGGCAGGAUGUUGUCAUGGGCGGUGGGUCCCCUAGUGGGGGCCAUGGCGACAGCGAGACCGUGGGUGAUGAGGGUCAGGGUGCCGCAGGGAGCGGCAGAGGAGAGGGUGGACCCGGUGGAGAUGGUGAUACCGCGGGUGUCGGUGGAGACGAUGGACCGGACGACGACGAUGACGACGACCACGGUCCGGAGGACGAUCCCCGCAAGAGCGGCAAGCAGUGGGCCCCUGGGAGGGUAUAUUCACCGCCGCCGUUCACAGUCCAGAGCCCUCACUGGUCGGGUUCGUCGCUCAGCGACGUUAGAGGGAGGGAGUCCGGUGCGGGUGAGGUGGGGUCCGGCAGACGCAGCGACGGCAGCAGAGAUAGUGCAGGAUCGAUGCCUCCACCGCCCGCACGGACUCCGGAGGGCAGGGUUGACACUGGGGACCGGACGGUGGCACCCGGAGUUGCGCACAGUGGCGGUUCCCCGCCGCCAGUCCGAGGAGGUGUGGGUGGCGGAUGGUCAGCUGUUCAUCGGGUCGGGGACCGGCUGCGGGCGGAUUACGACGCCACGAGGGGCGUCUUCACGGGACGUGCGCCUGUUCAGACGCAGGCUGCAGAGGGCGGGUCCGAACGUCCAAGCCUGCAGAUGGCAGGCCGCAUGCUUGGUUUGUCACGAGCGGAGACGAGGACGACAUUGGUCCUCGAGGCCCCAGGGACAUCCACGGACAGGCUGCGGGGAGAGCAGUUCACAUUGGGCGAGGAGGGGUUGUUGAUGCGUCCCGGGACGAGACGACAGCAUGGCCUCUCAGAGGUUGAGGCUCGACUCGAUGCAGGGGUUGCCGCUGGGCAUGCAGCGUUGGACGCGAUUCAGAGGGAGAGAGAGAGGGGGAUUGCUGCACAGGCGGAGGAGGACGAGGACGCAGACACUGAGUCCGAGCCGGUCGAGACUGUGGCCCGCAGAUACAGGGCACAGGUGGCCGCAGCGGCCGCUGCAGCACAUGCGGCAUACGUGACGUGGACGCGGACCAGCGAGCAUCCUGCGUGCAUCAAGUACCUGGAGCUGUUGAUCCUACAGGCUUGGAGAACUGACGUGGAAGGUGAUCUUCUCGGUUUCCUCUUCGGAUCGGUGCGGCCAGGCAAUCGCGAGCCAAUUACUCAAGAACUCGUGGUCCCGCCCGCGCAACUGGCUGACGAUCUCUCUCUCGACAUCGUUUCGCAAAGUGACAACAGUCCGACUCCGCACGUCAUCACGCGGGCAUUAGCGCCGUAUCUUCAGUGGACUGCAUGCUUGGAAGAACACGGGAGUGAAAGCACUCUGCCAUCGCGGCAGGAGUACUUGAAGACGUACGGAAUCAUCGAUCGUGCCUUCUAUCCGAAGGAAGAUCCUGAGGAAGCGCUUGAAGGGGAAGAAGAAUCCAUCGAAGAAGAGGGCGGCGCCGACGAAGAAACGUCGGAGGAAGGAAGUGAUAGUGAGUACAGCAAAGGGGAGCAGAGUGAAGAAGAAGAAGAAGAGGAGGAAGCUGGAUCGGAGUGGGAGGCCUUACCAGAAGAAGCGGCGCGCAAGGGCACGGAGGCGGAAGAUCCCGAGGCGGCACGUAGAAGGGAAGAAAUCGCCGUCGGGAAAAGCCAGUUGGAGUUCGCCAGCGAGGCGAACCUGCGCAUUGACGACGACCCGACCAGGGAUCCAGAGCCCCCCGAGCCCGAAGACGGCGGCCCAGCAACCGCGGCUCCGAGCGCAUCGCGACGGAGACGAAGCCGAUCCCCCUCCCCCUCCACCCCAGCCCAUACCCCAGUUCAUCCACGUACCGAUGCGGGGAAUUGGCCUUCGUCCCCGGUCAUUAUCCCGCCGUCCCCUUGAUUACCUCACCCUCUGCCAGAUCUCUACCCCCGUCACCUUCCCUCGCAACCCCUUUCCUCCCAAUACCUUCCAUCACUUUUACUCCACCCGUC